AUGGGAAAAUUCUGGGUCACAGGUUUUCCGAAAAGUACUUCAAGUCCAAGCUUCGAACAUACGUAUUUGUAUGUUCAGCUCGCUAAACACAAUUUUCAGUUUACUUAAUUUCGAUAUGCAGUCCCCUAAAGUCCUAAAUAAACUACUUAAGGAAGCUCCCAAAAAUACAAAAGGCAGCAAAGAAAUCGCGGAGUUACGAGAACUAAUCAUCGAGCUGAUGAAGCCAAGACUUGGAAAAUUACGCCAGAUCCUAAAGAUUCGCAUGGUGCCUGCAACCCGAGAUGAGUUUCAGGAUGAAUCCGAGGACUGGUGGCCAGACUAUGAGCUAUGCUCGGACUGGCAUGCCAUUACUGAUAUAAACGGUCUUCUAGUCUGCACCCAGGAUGCCCUUAAAGGAAUGCCUGAUGAUCUAAAAUUCAUUGGUGAAAAGUUCGACUUUGCCUAUUCGGUUGCAAAGCCCGAAACUAUUCAAAACAAGACGAAAAACUACAUUUUAGUGGACGAACUUAUAGAGGACAUGGAGGACUUUGUAACCAACUUCAGUCGCCUUUGCACCAAGAAUCUCGACGAGCGAAGGAACCUCUACGAUCUGGCUUCGUUUACAAUGGACACUGCUGACAGGAUCAAGGUGAAGAUUUUUGACGAGCGCAUUUUUGUGCAACUGCAGUCACGAAUUGCUAAUCUAAGGAACUAUAUUCGAGAUUUCUGUACCCUUUUCGACGCCCAAGUGGAGUCGAAGGAGGAGGCUGAAUCGGUUCCCACCGAUAAGUUGGAAAAACCCCAGGGAACGCUUGCAACGGAAGACGUUGAUAAGGCCCGGACCUAA